GGGGGUGCUGAAGGAGCUAGCCUUAGCCUUAGCUAACGUUAGUCAGGUCGGACGGCGACGAGGCCCCAAACCGGACGGGACGGGACCACGGGGGAACCAUGGCCAACAUCGCGGUUCAGAGGAUAAAACGAGAAUUCAAGGAAGUGCUUAAAAGCGAAGAGACAAGCAAAAACCAGAUAAAGGUGGAUCUGGUGGACGAGAACUUCACAGAACUCAAAGGGGAGAUAGCAGGGCCGCCUGACACGCCAUAUGAAGGGGGUAGAUAUCAACUAGAAAUUAAAAUUCCAGAGACGUAUCCGUUCAAUCCACCCAAGGUGCGGUUUAUCACAAAGAUCUGGCAUCCCAACAUCAGCUCAGUCACAGGUGCAAUAUGUCUGGACAUUCUCAAAGACCAGUGGGCGGCAGCCAUGACGCUGAGGACGGUCCUCCUGUCAUUACAAGCCCUACUGGCAGCCGCAGAACCAGAUGAUCCACAAGAUGCAGUGGUAGCCAAUCAGUACAAGCAGAACCCAGAGAUGUUUAAACAGACGGCGAGGCUCUGGUCUCACGUCUACGCAGACGCUCCCGUCUCCAGUCCGGAGUACACACGCAAAAUAGACAAACUCUGUGCCAUGGGCUUUGAAAAAAAUGCAGUAAUAGUGGCGUUGUCGUCAAAAUCCUGGGACGUGGAGACGGCGACAGAGCUGCUGCUCAGCAACUGAAUUUUGACACCCUCUUCAUCUUCCUCUUAAUCUCCAUCUCUCCCUACACACACACACACACACACACACUCUCUGACUUGUCGUUGUCUCAAGGCGUCUCCCCCCCUUGUCGUUACCCCUCCGUCGCACAGUGGACUCCGCGCCUCCACUCGUCCCCUCUGUCCCGACCCUCUUCUCAUCCCCUCCGUGUGGCAUCUCCCCUCUGUCCACAUCGCCUCCGCUGUACCACACUCCAAUCAGCCGCUCGGCGAGCUCUUAUCUCUGGUUUCUUUAAGUUCAUCCAACAUUCCACUCAGCGCUACAAUCAGAAACCCAACCCGCAUCUCAGCCCCCUUUGAAGAAAAACGCCAGAUUACGGACCCCGCCCACGUCGGCUUUGCCGGCUCUGUCCGAGAAGCAGCUUAUCCUUGCCUAUGCAGUGCAUUUACUUUCAUUUGUGAAAACCUUUUUGUAGGAAAGAGUCAAGCCAUUCGAGGGGCUCUUUUGGACGCGGUCCUAAGUUUUACACACUUCAGGACCUGUUUUCUAAAAAGGGAAUAAGCCGAGUCCUAAAUGGUCGUCGCUGUUAAAGGAAAAAAUAAAAUAAUUUGUGCUGUUUCCAAACUACUUGCACUCGCUCACGCAUCCCCGGAUAAUAAUGUUAAGUUGAAGUUACUCUGUAGUGAAUUGUUUUCUAAAACGAGAGGUGUGGUUUUGCACAAGGAUAGUUUAUUGAACACAUCUAGCUAGUAGAUCCCAGCAUUGUGAUGUUUUUUUUUUUUUUUUCUUUUAGGAAAAGUCUUCUUUAGUUUUGUUAUGAGAGUUUUCGAGGACUGUAAUAGUGCAUGGAUUGAACACAUAAGUUUCUGGGGAGCGUCGGUGUAGCACAAUCACUUCGCACGCCACGUGGCUCGGCUUAUUCCGCGUCGUGGAAACCAGCUCUUGAAGUGUCACAGAGGUGUUCACGCUGUAGCCAUACUCAUCGCCAUGCCACAUUUCCUCCUCCUCCUCCUCCUCCUCCUCCUCCUCAAAAGUCAAAAGCUGACGGACCCAAAGCCCCCGCAGGGAAUCCUACCUUCCUCCCCUCACACCUGUCACUUCACCCGCUCCUUCCUUCCCUCCCACAAUUUUAAAAGAUCUAUUUGGUUUUAUCCUUCUGCAGGAAUACGGUUGGAUUCUUGUUUUUAAACCGAGAGAAACAAACACACACAAAAAAAACAAAAAAAAAAAAACAUGUUCCGCUGUAACACAACCUGUCACGAGUCUGGAUGAAAAUGGUUCAAAAUGAGUUUGAAAAAUAUUGCAUCAACUUAACUAAGCCAACAGAUAAAUAUGUCAAUGAUUCAUCUGUAAAUAAAAUAUUAAAGUCUGUGUAAAUUAA